AUUUAUUUCGCCUUCUAUCACAGAAGAGGACUCUGUAUACAAAUGUAAACUUCCUUGUUAAAACUUCAUGAAUCAUAGGUGUGGCCUAAAUGUUUUACAAGUAAAAAAGGAUUGAACGUGAAACGAUGAAUUAAACUCAAUGUAGAUUUCAAUUAUGGCUGAUGAGCCAUAUGACAAUGACUCAGAACCUAUUCUUGUGGUGAACAAACUGACUCCGCAUUUCUUGUGUCCAGUGUGUGAGCAGUUGUACAGACACCCUGUAAUAAACAUAAAAUGUGGACACACCUUUUGUAAAAAAUGCGCAAGUGGAUGUGUCAGGUGUCCAGUAGAUAAUGAACCGUGUGAUGCCAAUCAGCUAAUUCUGAACAGACUUGUUGUUGGUCAGAUAGAUGAACUGUUAAUUUAUUGCAAAUAUGGAGUAAGACAACAAAAUGGAACUUAUGUACAGGAUUCCACAGGAUGCCAAGAACAGAUAUCUAUUGGAAAUCGACACCAACAUGAAGAUGAAUGUAACUUUGCCCCUAAACCUUGUCCCAAUGAUGCAUUGAAUUGUGGAACAUUCAGAUCCUCAGAACUCCAGCAACACUUGCAAAUCUGUCCAUACUUUGAAUGUGAGCACAGGGACAAAGGAUGUGAAUUUCAAGGACGACAAGAUGAAGUUAGAAAUCAUCUGGGAACUUGUGGCUACAGAGGACUUCCUAUGAGCAUCAAUCACAAAGAUUUUGAGAACCAGACAAAAGCAUUGGAAGCUGAGAACAGAUGCCUUAGAGAGAAACUUGACAGUUUAACAAAAAGAGUUGAAGUGUUAGAAGGGAACAAGAAUUCGCUGGAGUUGUCAUUGGACUCGUGUCAAAGCAAUUUUCAAAAUUUAAACAAGAAGCACGAGGCUUUGCAAACUUUGGUGGAACAGUUAAUGACCACUCGAAAUCGGCGGUCAGUUUCCUCACCAGGAAAUUCUGCGGAGGCCAUCAGACAGAGAACAAGCAGCACUAGUAGCUUCUCCAGAAUGUUGGCUGGAAAUACUGGUCCUAAGUUGAGUCCACCAGCUAGUAUGAAACUGGAAACCUGGAAAAUGCCAUUCCAGUUCAAAUGUAUAGGAUCCCUUAGAGGUCACAAGAAUGUCGUGUGGUGUUUUGCCCUGUACAAAGAGAGACUCUUCAGUUCCGGGGGAGACAGUUUAGUCAAGGUCUGGGAUCUUGAUGUCCUCACCAAUGGCUGCAUCAAAACCAUGGAGGGACACACCGGUGUGGUUCAUACCAUGGUGAUCCACGAGAACUCGCUGGUGACAGCAGGAGAUGAUUUGUCCAUCAGAGUGUGGAACCUGGAUUCCUAUACUGAGGAAAACUGUGUCUUUAAUGCCCAUGAUAACCUGAUUAGUUCCAUGGUAAUUGUCGGGGAUAACUUAUUUACUGCGUCAUACUCCCUAAUAAAGGUUUGGGACAUGAAGACCCUGUCCUUAGUUCACACAAAAUCUGGGCUACACCACUGGGUUCGAGCCCUGAUUGUCAGUCAAGACAAGGAGUGCUUAUACAGUGGAUGCCACAACACCAUUGGUAUUUGGAACACCUCAGGAUCUUUCCAACUUAAAGGAAGCAUUCCACAUAACUAUGGUUCAAUCUACUCUCUGGCAAUUACUCACGAGUUUCUCAUAGCAGGAACAUACAACAGAAAUAUCCAGGUGUUUAAUUUGUCAGAUAAUCAACAUGUCUACUCGCUGAGGGGUCACAUUGGGGUCGUGAACUCUCUAACUGUAACCCCAUCAGGUCGCUUCCUAAUUUCAUCUUCCAGUGACCAGACAAUAAUGAUCUGGAACUUGGAGAAUAUGCUACCAAUUCAGACCCUACACCGACACGAGGGAGGGGUCAAUGCUGUAAUUCUGUAUGGGGAUUUACUUCUAUCUGGGUCUGAGGACCAUGAGAUCAAACUAUUCCAGUAUUUCCAAAUGCAAAUGGGAUUUGCCUUACAAACAUGAAUAUCAGUUUAUUUGCCAAUUGCAAUAACGAAUGUCAGUCUCAUUUUCUCAUGAACAUAUUGUGCCCCAUUUCUCAGCUUUCAAGAAAAAGCUUCAUGUCCUUCAAAUGCUGUUGUUGCUCAUUUUACAGAAUAUAAUGCAUAUAUGCUUGUGCUUUAAAUUUUAUCAUGGAACAAAUGGUACCGGGUCCAUGUCUCUAAUUUUCAAGAAAAAUAAACUUUUCCAGACAUGACCCAGUAUUUGUAGGGCUUUUAUUUGUUGAUAUUUUUGUUUCAUGCAGUUGAAUUUCCAUACAAUGUACAUUUACAUUUACUUGUGAUAUCAGGGAAUUCAUUAGGUUUGUUUUGACAUAAGUUCAAUAAUGUUGCAAUUUUAUUUUGUGCAUGUAUAGUACGUGUUAUUUUUAUGAUUAAAAAAAAAACCCAAUAUCUAAGAUA